ACUCAUCCAGGAAAAUAUACGACCACUGUAGUCUUACGCUGCCCCUUCACAAGCUAACGAGAUGCUAGCUGUCAAUAGCCAUUUCCUUGGUUACCAGCGCUCUCUUGUUAGCAUGCUAACUUCCAGGCGGUUAGCUUAUCUAGCUAACAUAACUUACUGCUAGCGAACAGGUUCAGUUGACUGACUGGAAGAACGUCUUUCUUGCCAACACCUGAUGAUUUUGCGCCAGUUCGCCUGUAGAGCCUUUAUAAAUGCUCACCUGCAUACCCACCUGAGACAGCCCCAGUUCAGCCAAACCAUGGCCAGACCCAGUUCAGACUUGGCAGCAUUCAGGAAGAUUUUUUCCAAGGCCAACAAUAUCGCCAUCAUCACUGGAGCAGGGGUCAGUGCUGAAAGUGGAGUACCCACCUUCAGAGGAGCCGGAGGCUACUGGAGAAAAUGGCAAGCGCAGGAACUGGCCACUCCAGAGGCCUUCUCCAGAAAUCCUUCACGUGUGUGGGAGUUUUACCACUACCGCCGUGAGGUUAUGCUAACAAAAAAUCCCAAUCCUGCCCACCUGGCCAUUGCUGAGUGUGAGGAGCGUCUGAGUAAACAGGGGCGUAAGGUUACUGUCAUCACUCAGAACAUUGAUGAGCUCCACCGCAGAGCUGGAUCCAAAAAUGUCCUGGAAAUCCACGGUAGUCUGUUUAAAACACGCUGCAUGAGUUGUGGUCAUGAAGCAGCGAAUUACAAGAGCCCCAUUUGUUCCGCUCUGAAGGGCAAAGGAACUCCAGACCCAAACACACAUGAUGCCCAGAUCCCAGUCCAGGAGCUGCCCAGGUGUGAGCAGACAGGCUGUCAUGGCCUCCUGAGACCAGCUGUGGUUUGGUUUGGAGAGACUCUGGACGCUGACAUCCUCACCAGUGCAGAGACUGUGCUAGACAGCUGUGACCUCUGUCUCGUGGUUGGUACUUCAUCAGUCGUGUAUCCUGCAGCCAUGUUUGCUCCUCAGGUAGCAGCCAGAGGCGUCCCUGUGGCUGAAUUCAACAUGGAAGACACACCGGCCACUAUGCGCUUUAAGUUCCACUUCCAUGGCCCCUGUGGGACCACCUUACCCCCUGCACUGGCACGCCAUGAGGCUGAACUGAAAGAGAUUCAGCUGGACACAGACCAGACUGUUUAACACACUGGAGGACUUUUGCUACAAAUACCACAAAUGCAUCAUAAUGAGUACAUAAUAUGACUGUGGAGAUGAAGUGAAAGGGAACUUGUUUGUUUUAAUCUGUAAUGCAGACAGAACAUGCAAACGGAAGAGUGAAUAUGACUAUAUUAUAAAUAGCUGCCUGAACAUUAGGCACAUUACCGAUUGAGUGGCUUCCAGACUUCAAUCUUUUUUUUUGCAGUAACAGAUCAUGAGAAUUGUAGCAGAUAUUGCUAUGAUGCCAAAUCAGCCAUUCUCUGUUUUGUCACAUGUAAUAUAAUUUAUAGGAGCUGUAAUAGUGAAACUACUGUUUUUUAAAGUGUGACGUUGAACACGACAGUAAUUAUUGAUUAAAUCUUACCACCAACUUCAAUGCUUUUGCAGUGAAGUUGAUGCUUGUCUGACAGUAGGGGGCAGUGUUAAGCUGCUGCUGUGGAGGCUGUUGUCUUCCGGUGUGGGGGGGAAAAAAGAAAGACUGCCUCCUUCCAAAGGAUGUGAGCUCUCCCUGGGAUGUGUGGUGUUUGUGUAUGUCGAUACAAUGUUGCCUGAAUUUAUGGACUGUGGUGAACACUGUUUAUGAUGCCUUCCAGUGGCUGAAAGCAAGCUCUAGUUAAACUGGGGAGAGCAGUGACUGCAUUCCCUCAGCCAGUCGUGAGAACAGGGUUUCCAUGUGUAUCCUUAUGAAUUUGUCACAUGUAUGUUAAUGUUCUGAUGUGAUUAAUAACAGCUUAUGGAUGGAAAAUGAAGUGUGUUAAAAUAAAUGUAAGCUGAAAAGUA